GUUCUUCAGCACCUGUGGCAGCAGCAGCGAGUCAAGUGACCCCGCUCCAGGCCCACCGGCUUCACCUGUACAUGGAGACCCCCAGCUGGGCAGGAAACACGUUGUGUAAGUCAGGAAGCAUUGCCGUCUUCGGGAACGUGGUGUACAGCGGACUGCUGAACGAUCACCUCUGGCAUUUGGGAGUGCCCCUCUUUACGAGACUGGGUAACCAAGAGGCCACCAACCCUCCUGAAGCGAUGGCCCAGCCCUACACCCCUGCCCAGUACCCGCCUCCCCCACAGAAUGGCAUCCCCGCAGAGUUUGCGGCACCGCACGCGCUCCCAUCGCAGGACUACACCGGGCAGAGCCGGGUGCCCGAGCACGCCAUGACCCUGUACACGCCCACACAGACGCACAGCGAGCCGGCUGGCACUGACAACAGCACGCCCACCAUCACCGCCACCACGACCGCACCGGUCAGUGCCCUUCAUCACCUGCAAACACUGUUCUCAACAUGCUGUCAGCAAACAGAUGACGUGACGCAAACAGAGGGUUCUCAGCAGCUCCAGCUCCAGCACUCAGACUCUUCAGAGAAGCAGCAGCCAAAAAGGUUACAUGUCUCCAACAUUCCCUUCCGCUUCCGGGACCCAGAUUUGAGGCAAAUGUUUGGGCAAUUUGGAAAGAUUUUAGAUGUGGAGAUUAUCUUUAAUGAGCGAGGAUCCAAGGGCUUUGGGUUUGUAACUUUUGAAACAAGCACAGACGCUGAUCGUGCACGGGAGAAACUAAACGGUACAAUCGUAGAGGGACGCAAAAUCGAGGUGAACAAUGCAACUGCACGAGUGAUGACAAACAAAAAAGUCACCAACCCUUACACAAACGGCUGGAAGCUGAACCCAGUAGUGGGAGCUGUCUAUGGUCCUGAACUGUAUGCUGUAACAGGGUUUCCCUACCCGGCCACAGGCGCUACGGUGGCCUACAGGGGUGCUCACUUGCGGGGAAGGGGACGAGCUGUGUACAACACAUUCCGCACAGCUCCACCACCUCCACCAAUCCCUGCUUAUGGAGCGGUGGUGUACCAAGAUGGCUUCUACGGUGCAGAGAUCUAUGGCGGCUAUGCAGCAUACAGAUUUGCCCAACCCACCACCACCGCUGCUUACAGUGACAGCUAUGGCAGAGUCUAUGCAACAGCAGACCCCUACCACCACACGAUUGGCCCUGCUGCCACAUACAGUGUGGGGACCAUGUAAAUACAAAACGAAGAUCUGUACUCAGUAUUGAUGGACAUCACAGAUGAAAACAACGAAGAGAGGAGAACUAGCUUUAAGAAAAUAACACAAGAAGAAGAAGACGAGAAGGAGUCCCUCUACUGAGGCUGGCGAGGGAAGACGGGAGGCGUACAAAGUGGCGCCGCAGCAGUGGUGUCAAACCAGCCACAAACUUGACAGAUGGAGUGAGCCAGUUUCCACCAGGGACCACAUUUUUGCCGGGUAGAAAAAGACAGAGAGAGAAGGAAGUGUCCCGUUAUUAUAAAACAUUUUAUUUUUCUAUACUUUUGUGAUUUACAAUGGUAAAAAAAAAAAAGUGUGUACAAAGCAGUAUAUAUGUACAAAUCUGUUUUUAUGUUUUUUGGUAAGGGAGAUGAACAGUUGGCCCUUGAUGCUGAUUCUGUGGUAUGCAGGAAGGAGGAGGGAGGAUGUCCUCCCCCAACCCCCGCCUCCUCUCUCUAUGGCACACUGCUCUGUCACCGAGGUCGUGUAAAAAAAAUAACUAAAUAAAAACCAGAAAAGAAAGAAAAAAAAGGUGGCAGGGAGAGCUCGGCAUCCAGGCAGAUGCACUUUCUACGCUGUACUUCCUGUGGUCGGAGUUUCACAGCUCCGCCUUUUUCCUUCCAACCUCCUUCCUUUCUUCCUUCCUUCCUUCCUUUUUGGGCCAAUGAAGAUGACGCCACCGUUUCCUCCUUGUUGUGGCAUCAUCGGCCCGCAGCGCCUACUGUUAGCAGCGUCCCCCGUGGAUACUGUCGUGAUGUCACUUCCUUUUUGGCAGCACCAUUGGGAAUCCCCGCCCUCCCCAACGGGCAGCAUCACUGGUUUACAGCUUUGGGGAGUGGGGGGGUGAGCCACGGCGGGACGGUGAGACGGUAUACAGCCGAGCCUCCCCGUCUGCCCCUCUCCACGCCCCAGCAGAGGUCACUGACUUAAGGAACUACUUAGAGAAAAAUGGCGCUGAAGCCACUGACUUUAUUCACCUGCCAGACUCCGAGCCCAAGCCUUUGUGUCACUCUGCAUCGACGGAUGAACUGUCAGACCAACACGAAAACUAGGUGCGUACAACUACCAAGGAUGCACGUUUUCAUCCGACGAGAAUAACUCAUCAACAUUCAUGUAACAAAUUGAAUUAUAAUCGAGUAAUCCCAUUGUACUACAUCAGCAGGUGCAUAACCAAAACACAAGCCUGAGGCAUAUAGAUAAAACAUUAUAGAAAUACAGUAGUGCCCAUCCAACAGUAUCAAGGAACGAGGGCUGAAUAUGUGAUUUCUUUUGUCAAUGUAUUCUGAGAAUAUUUGUGUUUUUUUCAGCACUCAAAACUUUUGAACAGAAAAAAAAAGUUUUAAUUUUGUGAAAGCAGAACCUUAUUUCUUUAUAUCAGGAGUCACUGUAAACGUGUUUAAUCAAGAAUGUUGGUUCAGUUUUUGAAUGUAUUUUAAUGUCUAGGGUGUCCAAUAAGUAUGUAUUCUUUUUUCUGUAUAUAAAUAUAUAUACAUAUCUAUUAUAUGGGCUGUGGUGAUGUCAGGGAAUAGAGGGGGCGGCAGGAAAGCCUCCGGCCCCCCGAGCAUAGUUAUCAGAACCUCCUCCAACUAAAUAUGUCCCUGAUAUUUACUGUAACAUGUGAUCAUGUGCUAUAUGAUUGAAAGUGUGACAGUGCUAGUGUGAACUGAUCUCUCCUGAAUCCCACUUCUACCACAAACACACGCACUGUGUAGAUUCUCACAGAUGAACACAUGCUGGAUUUCAGACACAGCCCUGAACAUUGUUGCCCCAUUCAGAGCAAAGCAUCAUAUUCCACUUUCUAACUGAUCCUUCAGAGACAAAGGUUUACAUCUGCAGUAACUCUGACCCUUCACUGGCACUGCAAAGACUUCCUAAUUAGCGUAAGGUGUUGUGGGUGUCGGAUAAAAAGUUUAUGAAUAUUGAUUUCUCUUUCUUACUUGAACCAAAGUAUGAUUUGAACACACAGGCUCAGUGCUCUUUGAUCAGGAGACAGCGGGACUCUGAGAUGAUGGCGGAGCCGGAUGCAUAUUGACGUGACCCAGAUUUCAUUCACUCAUCGCUGCAGAGGAAGAGCUCACUCUUCAGCUGAUUUAACGAGCUGUGCUGAAGAAGCCUGGCUCACAGCUUCCUGUGGCGGCCUCGGUUUACGAACCACUAGUCUCAUGCUGACCCUGGUGGGCAGGCGGGCGGUUGGUUUUACUGCAUAUUGGAUAUAACCUGCUGGCCCUGAGGAGAAACUUUUUACUCUUUUUAAUCAGAGGUGAGCAGGUUUGGGUGAAGCACAACUUAGUUUGAAAGUUCAGGGUACACUACUUGGUUAGUGGUGGUUUGUGAAGAGGGAAUGAAUAGAUUAAACUCCUGACUUCCUGUACAAAACUACACAGUGUACUGUUAAUAUUCUGUACAGUAAAUCUCAACUCACACUUCUUGAUUAACUUCAUCUUCUUUCAGGUUAAAAAUAACAAAAUAUAGACUUGUUCUGAAUCAGGGCUCCUACCCACGCGACCUCUGCUCAUCUGUAGACAGCUUCCCAUAUAUUACAGAGAAUCUAUAUCAUGGCAACUAACUGUUGUGAAGUCUAAUUGGGGUAAAGUCGGUCAUUUGCUCUCCCAUAUAGCUUUCAUCUGCAGAUUUAGCAUCUUCAUACCUGUUGGUUUGUUUCUGAGAGUCAACUGAUUGUUCUGGCCUACUUACAGCUCCACAGACUGGAGGAGGGCCAGAAAACUCAGGAGCGGGUUGGAGUUUUAGUUUGCUGAGAACUUCCAGGGAGCCAGAGAUAAAGAGCCACAGUUUGUUUCCUCCUCCUCCUCCUCCUUUGGUUUUGUCACAUAGUUGAAACUUGUCCACUGAAUUAUCUAUGCAUUCUGCAACAAAAACACUUGAUGUCAUGUGUGAUGGGCACAUUUUCUGAAAGAACACUGUUGUGUACUUAUUCUAGUUAGCUACUAGCAGAUCAAAUCUGACGGGAUGAAGCUGGUAUUAUUACGUGUUUUAGUUUUGUCAACAAAUCGAAGAAAAAGUGAAAAAAUUGUGUGUUUGUCUCAGUACUCUGACUUAGUUACACUGUUUUUACAAACUAAAAAAAAGCAAAAAAAAAUGUGUAGUCUUUAGCGAAUGUUACUCAAAUAGUAAAUAAGCUCAAGUGCAUUUCUUGGGGACUAUUUUCAGCAGCGGAUGAAUUCACAAAAGGUGCUGUUGUGAGUAUUUGUGGCAGCAGAUGUGAUAAAGGAACAUUUCACCACCUGCAGCAGUGUUGAUGUAUUUUCUUUAGGGAACGAUGGAGCUCUGUGUAUCUGUUUGGGUUCAACCUUUUUAAAACAGUUUUUCUUUAUUCAUUUUGUUUGAAUUUAAAGGACGUAGCAUUACUUUGGAAGAGUGAUGCAAAAAAAAAAAAAAAGCAUGUCAGAUAUGAAGCUGCCUCUGCUUUAGUUUAUGCAAACCAAAAAAAGGUUAACUAAUUUUAAAGGUUUGAGGUCUGAGAAUAGCAACAUUUGCAGUAAAUUGUGCAAAAUAAAUGCCACAACCUUCAUUUGUUUCUCGUAUUAACUGUUGUAGAUGUAGGAUUAGGAAAUAGGGGCUGUGUGCAAUGUUGCCAUUCUAAGUAUUCUCCUGAUGUUUACCUACAGCUCAUUUUGAUCCACAGUUUACAGGUAAAGCAAAGAAAAAACACUGAACCAAUGACACUUAUGUCACUUCUUCUACAGUACUUGUUUCAAACGUAUAUGCAGCUUUGCAGCUAACUUUAAAGUGCAGGUUUUGUAAAAAAUGAAAAUAAUAAAAUAAAAAGCAAAAACAACUGAAGAGACGUGGUCAUGCAGAGUCCCAUCCUGCUUACAGGCUAGCUCCUGUACUACAGCUCUUAAUGCAUGAAGGUAUUUUGUUAUAUUUUUUCCAUUUACUCACUACAGCUCCCAUGAACCGUCGCUGACAGUCUGUAGCUGCCACAGCCUCAUGUGAGCUGUAGUUGAAAACCAAGAAAACAAAUGUAUAAAAGAUGAAUUUUAUUGCCUUAGAAUUUUUAUCCAGUUGAUAUGAGAAAUACUAAAUAGAUUUUAAAUGUUUUAAUGGAAGUAGUUAGAUGUUAGUAGUCUUGACAGCUGUACGUGCAGCAUUGGUGGGGUAUACAUUGAGAAAAUCCUGUUUUUAACUUUUAGGGCCGUUUUGUUUCCACUGUGGUUGUUUGUCUCUGCUCGCUGGCAAAGACUCUGAACCCAAACUGCAGUCCUGCCUUUGAGAAAAAGAAAAGGCUGAUCUAAAACUCCAGCCUGCGCCGUAGCGGUGGGAUGGAGCGGGGGGUGGGGUUACAGCAACCCUCCCUUCCUUCCUUCAGAUGCCUUUAAGUUUGAAAAACUGGUCCUGAUCUUCCUGAGCACAACUGCUUGAGCUGUGACACUCGCAGGAUGCCCCUCGCUUCCAUCACACCCCACACAGCACCCUCCCAUCCCCAGCCUUCAAGUAUGUGAGUCGACCGGCCCCUUUUGUAUUCCUGGUGUUCUGUACAUAAUAACCUUCACCCAACUGAUCUCUUACUUCCUUCAGCUGUUCUUUCAGGGGGGAAAUGAAGAAAAAAAUACAUUAAAAAGAAAAAAAAAGACCAUCCUCUGACUCCCGAAAUCUUGUAUUUUGUUCUAAUGAUGACAAAAUUUAUUUAUAAGGGAUUUUUUUAAAUCUAUCUCUUUCUCCUUUUUGUAAAUGUUCCAGUUAAAUAAUGUUUAAUAAUGUUAAAAAAUUAAAUGGAUAUAUUGAAAGGUUAAAAAAUGUCUCUAGAAGUCCCUGCCCACUCCUCUGGCUCUGUACUCUGAACUUUGUGUUUUUGUUUUUUCUCUUUCUGUAUGCUUCUCUUUACGUGCUUCAGAUGAAGAGUUCUAUUUAUUAUGACAUUAACGUUAUUAUAAUUAUGACUAAUUAUUAAUAUUAUCAUCCUCAUCAUCCUCAUUAUUAUCAUUAAUAAACUUGUCUACUUCA